UUUGCUAAGAGAACGAGGCAAUAUUCCAAAAGAGAUUGGUGCUCUUACUAAUCUAGGAGGUUUGGAUCUGAGUAUCAACAACUUUAUCGGACACGUGCCAAGGGAAAUUGCGAACUUGACAAUGCUUCAAUUAUUGGACCUUAGUACCAACAAGUUGAGCGGUAAUAUUCCAAAAGAGAUUGGUUACCUUACAAAGUUACAAGGUUUGGGCAUGAGUUUCAAUGAGUUUUCAGGCCCUAUACCUGCAACUAUUUACACCAUGACUUCCUUGGUGUAUUUUGACUUUGCAUCGAAUGAUUUGAGUGGAUCGCUAUCAAGAGAUAUUGGAAACAUGACAUCCCUUCGCAGAAUAGGACUCGAAGGAAAUAAUCUAAUUGGUGAAAUUCCAAAAGAGAUCGGUUAUCUUGCUAAUUUCGAGCGAUUAAGCAUGUGUUGCAACAUAAUUAGUGGUUCGGUGCCAAGAGAAAUUGGGAACUUGACAGCCAUGUUUGGUAUAUACCUUCACAACAAUGCUUUAAGUGGUCCUAUACCAAAAGAGAUUGGUCGUCUUGUUAAUUUAUGGGAGCUGCAGUUGGAAUACAAUUAUCAUAUCAAUGGAUCAUUGCCAAAGGAAAUUGGAAACUUGACAUCCCUUUCGUACUUAUUGCUUAACGAUAAUAAAUUGAGUGGUGAAAUUCCAAAAGAAAAUUUUCUUCUCAAUAAUUUAUUGCAAUUGAACAUCGGAAGCAACCAACUUAGUGGAUCAUUGCCGAGAGAAAUUGGCAACAACACAAGCAUUCAAGAUCUGUGGCUUCACUUCAAUAACUUAAGUGGUCCAAUACCAUCCACCUUUGUGAAUCAAUCAGGUCUGGUUAAUUUUGCAUUACAUUCCAACAACUUAAGUGGAGAGAUUCCACCAUCCAUUUGCAACUUGAGAUCCCUCAGAAUCCUCUAUUUCUCAGACAAUAAUUUGGAAGGUGAACUUCCAAAUUGUAUGGGAAACUUGAGCACAUCCUUGGUAAUCUUCCAUUUGAAUGCGAAUAAACUCAAUGGCCUCAUCCCGUCAACAUUCGGAAACGGUUGCAGUCUUCAGUCAAUCAAUCUGAAUGGAAACAAAUUGGAAGGAACACUACCCCAAACCCUAAUCAACUGCCAGGAUCUGCAGGGCAUCGACAUUAGUGAUAAUGAAAUACGAGGCACGUUUCCCUUCUGGCUGGAAAGACUCCCUCACCUUCGCAUCCUCCUCUUGAGGUCAAAUAAAUUCAAUGGAAUGAUGUUGGUGGCCACAAACUCGAACACUGAGAAGCCGUUUCCAAAGUUGCAAGUCUUGGAUGUAUCAGAGAAUGCGUUUGUUGGUUCUCUACCAGAUAGAUAUUUCAAGAACUUUCAAGGUAUGAUAGAUGCGAAGGAAAACCAGACCGAUGAUGGAGCAAAUUUGUUUCUAGGUUUUUUAGAGAUGACACUCACAAUAAAAGGAUUGGAUCAGUUAUUGCAACGACUGCUGACAACCUUCACAACUAUCGACUUAUCCUCCAACAGAUUCUCUGGGAGUAUUCCACCUUCUCUAUGGAAUAUUAACUCUCUCAGAUACUUGAAUUUGUCUCACAAUAUCCUCAUAGGACAUAUACCGCCAUCUCUUGGAGGUAUGAGUUUACUCGAGUCAUUAGACUUGUCUUCAAACAAAUUGGAGGGACAAAUUCCGGGUGAAUUGGCAAGGUUGACAUUUCUUGCGAAGUUAAACCUUUCGAUGAAUAAUCUUGAGGGACAAAUACCACAGUCUACUCAACUUUCCACAUUUGGGAAUGAAACAUAUGUGGGAAAUGCAGGAUUGUGUGGAUUUCCAUUGACGAAAAAAUGUGAUCCGAGUGAUGGAAAACCAUCGUUGCCGCAAGAAGAAGAUGGUGAGACAGGUUUUGUGAAUGGAUUUGGGUGGCAACCAGUUGUGUUGGGGUAUGGAUGUGGGUUCAUAAUCGGAGUGUUUAUGGGCUAUGAAAUUAUUCACUAUGAAAAGCCAAGAUGUUUUGCAAAUUUCUUGUUUAAACCACGAGAGCAGUAUGAUAGGGGACUCAACGACGUUAUAAUCCAAGACGAGGGGAACACGCUGCACGGGCAGCCCGAACCUCCUGCAACAGCCAAUGUCGAGGUAGCUACGCAACUCAAGAAGCACGCCGCAAAGACGAAAGAGGUGCAACAGCCAAAGAAGGAUCGCCCCAAGAGGAACGCCCCCAAGCCGCCUCGCUACCAAUUGGAGUUCUAUCAAUUGGUGCUUCCAUUGAUCUCUCUUCUCCCGACCACGACCUUUACAUCGCCACCGCCUAUGGCUACGUCGGACCCAAAAAGCGGCGACGCCACACCACCACCACCAAUCAACUACACCAACGAGGAGCUUGCCCAGAUGAUAUUUGAUACGAAUAGCCGUUACGCCGGUCAUGACAGGAAGUUGAUGUCAAUUCAGUUUGAUCUUGAAUCGUUUGCACGCAGACAGGAUGCGUCAACUAAGAAGUUGGAGAAUAGCCUUGCCCUUCUCCUCGAGGCAAGCCAGAAUCGUUCGAAAGAACCACCCGACCCCGCGGGUUUCAAUCUGGCCACUCGCGGCUGGCGACUUCCGCCUUCGCUGACGACACCACCGCGAGGCAUCGAUCUGGAGCCUCUCCCACGAGUUAAACCAGAGGCACCCCGGUUUAAUGGAGAGAAUGCGCUUGAUUGGAUCCGGAAAAUUCAGCGCUACUACAAUCACCACUACACACCGCUUCAGGAUCGCCUUUACCUGACGUCGUAUCUGUUCGACCAUCCGGCAUCAAGCUGGCUUACUUAUUGGGAGGACAACUGUAAACACAAGACGUGGGACGAAUUCCUCAUGGCAGUUAAGCAUCGUUUUGACCCGGAUUUGUAUGUUGAUUAUGUGGGUCGCCUUGCCGAGCUCCGCCAGACAUCUUCGGUGAUAUUCCAGAAGAGAUUGGUCGUCUCACAAAUUUACAAGGUAUACAACAAGUUAAAAGGCACAUUGCCAGAAACUAUUUUCAGCAUGCCAUCCUUGCAAUAUGUUGACUUUGCUUCCAAUGAACUAAGUGGACCAUUGUCACCACUAAUUGGAAACAUGACAUCCCUUCUCAGAAUAGGCCUUGAAUUCAACAAUUUCAGUGGUAAUAUUCCGAAGGAGAUUGGCCGUCUUAGUAAUUUCGAGCGAUUGAGCAUGUCUGGAAAUAACUUUAGUAGACCAUUGCCAAGGGAAAUUGGGAACUUAACAACAAUGGUUGGAUUGUUCCUCCAUAGCAAUGCUUUAAGUGGUCAUAUUCCGAAAGAGAUUACUCAUCUUAAUAAGUUGGAGGAGUUGCAAUUGGAAGUUAACAAUUUUAAUGGAACCGUGCCUGAAGAGAUCGGAAGCAUCACACUCCUUAGCUACUUGUGGCUCAUCGACAAUAAUUUAAGUGGUGAUAUUCCAAAAGGAAUUUUGCUUCCGAAAAAUUUAGUGUUUUUGAACAUCGCAAGCAACCGACUUGCUAUUUCGGUAUGA